AAUCAUUGCAAUAUAUAGUGUCAUUUGUAUUCUUACAAUUAUAAAGUUUACGGAUAUUAAGCAAUCACUGGACAUUGCAAAUAAUUUGCAGAAAAACUUUAAAGGUUUUUUUUUUAUAGCUAUGUUGUUAACAAAAAUAACUUUUGACUCUAGCAUCACGAAUGAGUCUUAUGUAAACGAAAUUCGCAUGUGGUAUACCAAAAUAUACCGGCAUUUAUGAUGACCUUUUUUUUUAAAACAUUUACGACAUUUAAUUUCAUAACAAAAUUAUUUAUGCUGAAAAUCUAUCUACUUUCUACCGUAAUCGGAGACAAUUUGUAUGUGUGUUACAAGAGCAAACCAGGUUUUCAGUUAUUUACUACUGAUUAACUUACUGCUUCCAAAGUUCAAGGGUAUAAUGUAGUUUGGAUUUUCGCUUGUCAGUAGCGAAUGCAAGAAAUAAUUUCUAGAUUAUUUAAUCUAUGCAUCUUUUUACUUCAUACAACUUGCACGCUUCUGUUAGUGGUGAUGAUUUAUUAUUCAAUGAGGAGAUUCGUAUUAUCGUUCAAUAAAGGCUACAUUUUGUUUUCAGCAAGACACAUUUUGCGGCCAUUUGUUGUAGAAAAGAUUCUUCCUGCAAUUAAAAAGGAUUGGGUAGCAUUUGCUGUCAACAUUGGAUAUAAUAAAAAUACCUUAAAACUAGCAAAACAUACACGAGUGAUCAAUCCAUUUUGGCAAGUCCUGAGGUAUUGGACAGAAACAGUGGAAAAAUCGAUGGCAGAUCCUUCAAAGAUACUAUACAAAUGUCUUAGUAAAGUCAAUAAAAGUCUGAGGAGAGACCUGUUGGAAUUGAUUAUACGUGAUUCAGAAAAAUUCAACAUACAAGAAAUAAAGGAACAUUUGAAGGAUAAAGAAAUUAUCGAUUUUGAACAAUUUAGAUUAAAUCUUACAAAGUUUCAAUUUGCAGAAGAUGAUCAAAUACCAUUGACUAUUUGGAAGAUGGGAAAAGCAGCAGAAAAACAGUACAGAGAAGUUCUACAAAGUGGUGUUGAAAAUAGAUAUAUGAUACGUUUACCGGUCGUGGGACCAUUUGGUGUUGGAAAAACGUGUCUAACCAGAAAAUUAUUGAGAAAAAAAAUAUCAGAUGUAACAAGCACGAAUGGUAUAGACAUCAUGACUCAAAAAUGUAAAGUAUGUUUAACAGAUGAUACUUGGAUUUUUUCCCAAGAUAUUCGUUUUGAUGCAAACCAAGGAAGAAAAUCAAGAUUAAUAAAGAACCUAAUGAUCCCUCCUCCGAAAGGAAACAAAAACUCAAAUACAAAAUCAAAGCUGACACAUAUACCAGACCAUUAUGUAUCAGUAAAAGAAGAUAAGAUCACCAAUUCCAAUGAUCAAAGAGAUCAAAUUACUAAAAUAUCUCCAGAGGUAGAGAUGACUGAGAAUGAAGAUAGAAAAAAACAUGAAGACACAGAAAAAAGGGACUCUGACCUGCAAGAUAAUGUUGUAGACCCUGCUGAGGUAAAAGAGGUUGAUUUAUUUGCUGACCUGAAAGGUUGGUCCGAAUCUGAAGCGUCAUUAGACGACUUUGCUGAAGUGGCACUUUUAGAUUUUGCUGGUCAAUACGAAUUCUACGCAACUCACCAAACCUUUUUAAAUAAACAUGCAAUUUAUUUGUUGGUUAUUGAUGUUAGUAAGAACAUAAAAGGAUUGAUGACAUCUGAAGAUGUAGACGAGAACCUCCCGAAUUUGAGCGAGAUUCCAUUUGAAGACAUUGGAGAAUACAUAAACUUUUGGAUGGAUGCUAUCCAUUGUUAUGGUGAUGACGUACAGGAAAUCGACGACACAAAAGAAGCGCUUCCCUCAAUUAUUGUCGUUGGGACAUGUUGUGACAAAUUAGAGAUUGAUAAGGAAACAAGGAAAUGGGAAAUUCAGAAACAGUUUGACCAAAUACUAGGGGAUCAUCCGAAACGAAAGCACAUAAAAGAUUUUAUCAUGCUGUCAAACACUACUUCCUCUGAAUCCGAUUUUGACGUCCUGCGACACCGCAUUGUACAACUAGCUUCAAAAGUUGAAACAUGGGGACAACAACUUCCUACUCGUUGGAUUAAGUAUGAACAAGUCCUGGAUCAACACAGAGAAAACCACGAUAGAGUCAUGGCAUAUGAGGACAUGAAAUCGUUAGGAAAAUCGGUUGGACUUGACAUCAAAGACAAGAAUGAAAUGAAUUUGUUUCUUAAAUAUCAACAUGAUAUAGGAAAUCUCAUUUACUUUGAAGACAUUCCGGAUCUAGUUAUUUUGCAACCACAGUGGUUAGUUGACGUGUUGAAAUGUCUUGUGUCAGCGAGGAAGUUCCAGAUCCGAAGAAACAUUGUUUACAACUCCGACUGGAAAGAGUUAGAAACAACAGGUAGACUGACAGAAGAUCUGAUCACACAGGCAUUUACAGGAGAGGGAGAGGGGACAGAUUUUAUUAAAUACCGACGUCACAUUCUCCAAAUCAUGGAAAAGUUUGAUAUAAUUGUCAAACCAGACAUACCUGAGGAAGAAUCUGUAUCAUCACCAGAAGGAAAUGGCGAAAUUAAAAAAUCAAAAAUACCAACAGAACAUUAUUAUGUGCCAUGUUUGAUUAAAUCAAAGCCCAUUAGCAAUAUAGUCGACAGUUUCAAAGUAGAUGGAAAGGAUUUUAACAGGACAUCUUGGAUAUGUAUGAAAUUUGAUUUUCUUCCUCCUGCCUUCUUUAACCAUGUCCUUGUAAACUAUAUGCGCCGUUAUCAGAUAAGUCGAGAACCAUCAAAAAAGGGAUGUAAAUUAGCACUUUACCGCGGAAUGGGAGUCUUCAAUCUCGAUUCAUCGGGUCGAACAAAACUGGCAGUUUGUGUUAGCAAGCACGUGAUCCUCUUUCAGAUCUGGAAAUGGGGUAAACUUUCCCAGAUGUCAUUCAAAAGUAUCUGGGAACAUGCAGAAGCCACCAUUACUGGAAUAAAAGGGAGAUACAAGAUGAAUGUACCGUACACUGUGAAAAUGAAGUGCAGUAAUGGAAGCUACGACAAUCCAGAUGGAAUGAUGGAAAUGACAAAGUUGGAGUCUGACGACGAAUAUUUUUGUGAUGAACACGCAGAACUACAUAACUCAAAAGACUUGUUAGACUCCUGGUUUAAGGAAGAAUUGAAUGUUGAAAUGUUGAAUUAUGUACGUCUAGCGAAAACAGUUACAGACUUGAUGCCGGAGGUAAUGGUAGAACACUUAAGAUCUGAUGGAUUCGAACUCACAGGAAAUACCAGCGUGACAUUUCGAUCUCUAUUCACAUCUUUCCAACUACAAAACAAACAUAAACCAACAACCGGAAAGUGGGCAAGUCCAAUGUGCCCGAAUGAAGACACCGAGAUAUGUAUAGGUGAUGAUGUUAAACGAUGGCGUUUCAUCCUCACUGAACUGAAGAAUCAUUCAAAAAUAAGUGACGAAUCUUUCGUAGAUCUUGAAAACGUCUUGGCAAAUCUAUUCAUCCGAUCUGAGAAACUUUUAGAAAGUUACUCGUUUGUUAGCAAAUUUCAGAAGAUAAUGACUGGAAUGUUUGAAGCAAACGAUUAUGAUUUCUAUCUGCAGAAGAUAAAACAUGAAAUUAUCCCCGAUACAUUCGAAAUCAACAUCAGACGCCAUUAUCAGAUGAUUAUACAGGAAAUAUCUGUAAGCAAAGUCUUGGACCAAAUGAUGACCCACUGCAUGUUAACCAGUGAUGACAGACGCCAUAUCGAACAACAUGUUAGACACGCUGACCAAAAUCAGGCGUUGCUAGAUAUAAUCAUUGAUAGGAAUCGUUCCACGUUUAAUGUAUUUAUUGAUGCUUUGCGGGAAAGCGAAAACGAUGGUAUAGCCGAACUCCUUAGCUGCGAUCUAGAAGAUAUCACAGAAGAUACAAGAACGGCACAAAUAGAAGGAUUGUCAGCAUGGACUCUUCCAUUACAUAAGGUACGUCUGCAGAAGAAUUACAUAGAUAUCAUAGCUACCAUUAAACACGAGGCCAUAGUAGAUCAUUUGAUAUCGUGUGAAUUAUUAACAAUAGAUGACCAGCAAACUGUAGAGGCUUGUCCAGCACAGACUGAAAAGAACAGGAAGUUGAUGGACCGACUAUUGCAUUGUGGAGAGAAAUGCUUUAUGGAAUUUUUAAAUGCUUUACGUUCUGAUGACAUUUAUGUAGAUCUUGCAAAUCAGAUAGAACAAACAGAUGUCACUAGUAUUGAUAUUGCUACUCUUCAGUGCUGUUUUACUAAAAUUAAGACAUUACAUAACUUAUAAACUGAGUAGUUAUACCCAUUCAACCAUGUAUAUAUAUACAUGUAUUAAGCUUCUAAUGAUGAAACACGCAUGCUCAAGAAUUAUUAUCAUAUGAA